AUGGGUAUUCAAUCACGAUCAGGCAACGGUGCCUUGAGCGCUAACCCCAACAUCUUCAACUAUUACCAAUCCUCCGACAUCAACAUUACGACCCAUGGCUCUGACUGGUAUUGGGCUGUCACUGCUGUCAUGGCCGCCUCGACAAUCGCCUUCCUUGCAACUAGUUUGAUGGUCACGCGCGAAAGACGCAUCUUCCACUACAUCACCGCCGCCAUCACUCUCACUGCUUCCAUUGCCUAUUUUAGCAUGGCAUCGAACUUGGGUUACACUCCAAUCGCCGUCGAGUUCCAGAGAAACAACGCCAAGGUUGCCGGUUUCACUCGUGAGAUAUUCUACGUCCGCUACAUUGACUGGUUUGUCACAACUCCCCUUCUUCUUCUGGACCUACUCCUCACUGCCGGUGUGCCAUGGCCUACCAUACUCUACACCAUUUUCCUCGACGAGGUCAUGAUCAUCACUGGACUCGUCGGUGCUCUCGUCGCCUCCUCAUACAAAUGGGGUUAUUUUACCUUCGCGACGGUAGCCUUAGUGGGCAUUGCAUACAACGUUGUCUUUGUUGGCCUCAAACACUCUCGCGCACUUGGUUCCACAGUCAACAGAACCUUCAUGGUCUGCGGUGUAUGGACCAUCUUCCUCUGGUUCAUCUACCCCAUCGCCUGGGGUCUCUCCGAAGGUGGCAAUGUCAUUUCUCCCGACUCCGAGGCUGUUUUCUACGGCAUUCUUGAUAUCCUCGCCAAGCCCAUUUUCGGUAUAUUGCUCCUCGUAGGACACCGCAACAUUGACCCAGCAACUCUUGGUCUCUACAUCCGUGAUUAUCAGACUGCACCCACCAACAGGAACCACGCGCAUGGUCGCCACCUCGGCUCUGAGCAUAAUGCGCUUGACGCCGAGAAGGAUGGCCUGCCUGCGCACAACAACAAUGGAGUGUUCCAUAACUCGGGGUCUGAUGCUGUGGCUACUGGUGGUAUUACUGGUACCCACGCGAACCAUUCUGCUGUUGGACAAACUGUUUAA